CCAUAAAUGGUGUGGAGUUGUCCUCAUUGUUUUCGGAGUCGACAGCAGUGUAUUGAAAGACGAAGCAGUCCGCCAUGAUCCAAUAUGAAGGCACCAACUCCUCCAUGUCCUCGUCUUUUGUUAUCAUACCGACAACUGAUGCAGACAACAUCGAUGACGAUAGCAUAGAGGUGGCGAGGAUGUAUUCAAGCAGUGASGGAUUCGAGUUGUUCGAUCGCGAUACUUCCGAUACGAGCAGGGACUUCGAACUCAACAAUACCAGAGACAAUGUUUCCARCAGGCAAGAGAUAACAGUUGUGAAUACACACGAUUCGAUCCUUGACAUUGACUCUCAAUGCGAUGAGGACGCCUCCUUUAGCGAUGAAGACGAGAACAUGCUGCUGGGGAUAAUCAAUGAGGUCCCGUCUUCUCCCAGUAGCAGCACUCCGAUGGACGAAAUGGUUAAAUCUCGCCCKGUGAGCCCGACUCCUUCGCGCCAAAGUAAGCCACAUAGAGRAAAGACCGAAAGAAAGAAUGAUGAGACGCACGCAAAUGAUGUCCGUGAUCGAAAACAGCAGAAAACUUCGAGCAUCAUGGACAGUUUAACGCUCUAUUCGGUGACCGAUUCCUUCGUUGACUCCAUYUGUACCUCUACCGCGUGUGUGCCGUCCAAAAACUAUGAAAACUAUAAUAAUUGUGCGAAACCGUCCAUCAACAACAACAGAAGUGCGAUGGCAGCGAUGGAUGAUAAAAUCAAGAAAUUCCAAGAAUCGUGCCAUUCGGCAGUUCUAAACGGCUGCGACACAGACCAAUACUCUCCCUGGAAGCAAACCGAAAAUUCYAGCAAGGCAAUGGUUUCUAUGGACAUCUGGCAGCUCCUUGGGUGCUCUUCUCCUGUAGGGAACUUAGAACUCGCUGAUAUUUGGUCGAUUCGGACCUCGGAAAUGUUUCGAAACGGAACGGAUUCGAAGAACGUUAGAGAAAACAAACUACCAGUUCGCGCUUCUAUAAAGAAACGAUUGAAACGCAUCCACAGGCUACGGAUGGACGAUCGCUGUGUCCGUGGAGCGAGCCGCCACGGGGUCACUAUUACAAAUCAUGGUACCGAUUCUGCCCAUUACAACCUCAACAGCAUUCGAAAAGGUUUUCACAUGAAAAAAAAUAAUGCAAGCAAUACUCUUGAAAUCAAAACCAGGAUCAACAGCACUCACAUGGAUUACCUGAACCGAAAAUCAAGUGGGUCGAAGCAAGCAUCCUAUCGCGGAAUUGGCAAGUCCUACUCUAUGCUCGAUGAUUCCUUGGCGGACUUCAUCGGCCAAGGUACAGUAGAACCCAUUCCCUUCGAGAACGAAGAUGAUGGCUACGACUCUGACCCAGAGAUUAAUUGUUAUUCGGCUUCGUCAUCCAUGAUCACGGACUCCCCAAAGCGAUCCCAGGCCAAACGAGUAGAUGAUCCCUCGUCGAUAUCUUCCUUUGAUUCUCCAGAGUAUCCUCAGCACUCAGUUGUUCCUGCUGUUUCACCGUUGCCCAGUAGCGACCGAAAUGUCUUGAGACAAGAUUCCGUCCCGAUGGAUGAGAUCGACAUGAGAGAGUCGGUGCAGCAAACCCUCAACUCUACCUGGACGCUGACAUGGCAUCCAAAUGCUGAAAACCGAAAGGAAUACAACAUUUCGCACAACAAGCCCAUCUGCAUCAAUAUGUGGUUGGAGCGAGGGACUGUCAUCACUACGUCUGGUGUAGUGAUCGAACCAGCCUUUAUGUGGCGGGACGCGUACCAGCCAUUACUCUUGUCCCAGCACAAACUCAACAACUCGACCCAAAAGCCAUGGUCUAUGCGCUUGUUGAAUGCCUGCCGGAUCAUUCCGUACUUAUCUUCGUCGUCCCGGUCCCAUGCAAGCAUUGAUCGCUCUAAAUAUCCUAUGGCGCGGCAGAACGCGAGUUUCCUCCUCAAGUCAUGUGGAGGCGAGGAAUUCCUUUUGGAGGCCAAAGGAACCGAGGAUGCCAUUGCCAUUACGGAGCGAUGGAAGCUCGUGGUAGCUCGCUUCGCCUGCCUGGCGGUGACUGAGGACGUUGGUGGGAUUGCCAGAGAGUUUUUUCAUCCCACUUGUUCGGAUUCUAAGAUGCUCACGAUCUCGAAUCUACACGAUGACGAUCCCCUCGAUCAUUCGCAUUGUGGAACAGACGAGGAUGGGCUUUUCAACAGAGUUCGAUUAGCGGAGUCGUAAAGAGAGAUGAACCAGCCGAUAAUGGAACAGGUCAGAAAACGAGACAUCUCAUGAACAAGAAAAUCGCAGUUGCCGGUUUGCUGUUGCUGUUUAUUCCUGCGGAUAGCUAAUUCUGACGGUACCGAUAGAAGAAUCAUCAUCCAUCGGCAUCCUAGAUUUUCUGGUAUACGUAAUAUUAUUGAUACAAAUAGCGAUAAAAUAGAUCACAUCAC